AUGGUCUUCGUCAUCGCGUCGUACGCCAGCCUCGUCCUGCUCUUCUACUUCCUGCACCUCUUCAAGACCGCUCCGCCUGGCUCGCCGGCGGCCAGGGGCCGCGCCAAGAUCGGCGUCUGGCUCACGGCGAUGUUCUUGUGGAGGGUCUCCGUGCUUGUGCCUUGGCCCGUCGUCGGGGCUGGCGUCUGCUUCAUGGGUGCUUCAACCGUUGCCGGCGGGUUUUAUGCACUGUUCCUUAUUCCUUCUUCGACUGAAAAUUAUUGA